UAUGUGAUCUGCAAUUUUGCAUGCUAAUAAAUAUAAAAUUAAGUUUGUUUUCUUUUUGAUGGGUGGGUUUGGAAUUCUUUGGUUUUUGGGUAGAGCUGGGGAAUCAAAAUCAAGUUCAGGUAAGCAGGGAAUUUUUCUACACUAUUUGGCCUCAAAUUCAAUUUGAUUCCAAAAUAGCAAAAUAGGAGACGGCUAUUUUGUUUAUAAUAAUAUAUAUAUAUAUAUAUAUAUAUAUUUGGUUCUGUGGGUUUGAGCCUUUUUUUACGUGGUUGAUAUUAUUGAUUGCUUAAAUGAAGAACCUUCUUUAGAGUUAAAUAGAAUAUUGAGUUGAAUCUAUUUUUAUUACUUUCUUCUAGAUAAGAUUAUCUAAUAACUCAUUUUGCAUUAUUCAAAAGAUUAAAAAAAAAAAUUUAUACACAAAACAAUUUUCUUUUUCUUUAUUUCCCUCAAAUUUUAUAACAUAUAUAAAGUUAUGAUUUCUUAAGCUCGUUUCAAAAUAGUAGGAUAUAUAUAUAUAUAUUUUUAUACCAUUUUGUGUUAGGGCUUGUGUAGUAUUUAACUAUAUUUCAAAGGAACCUAUAAAUGUAAAUUUUUUUUUUGGGUUGAAAUUGCGAUUUAAAGACAAUUUUUAUUAUUUGGCGAAACAGCCGAGCCGAGGAGGUAAAAAGACAAUAGGUUGUACGUGUAAAUGUAAUCCUCCUCCUAAUUCAUUCUCUCAAGAAGAAGCCAAGGGGGGUUUUAGAGUUGCUUGGGCUAGGCGACGCGGCCGAGGAGGGGGGAAGAAUUGGAUUUCUUGCAACGGUACAUAACCGAACAUUCAUCCGUCUGUCUCUCUUUCCCGCCACAAUACGAACCUUUUCUGAUGGUUAUUCUAUUUCUCAUCAACCUCCGAUCCCUGCGUUGGACACCGAAGAAGCCCUUCUCAAGCCCCCCCUUCCUCUCUUCUCUCCACACACGCUCGCUCUUACCUCACAGAACCAAACCCAUCCACUGGAACACCAACCACGCCUUCGUCCUCUCCAAUCCCUUGCUCUCUCUCCUCGAAAAUUGCAGUUCCAUGUCCCACUUGAAGCAAAUCCAGGCCCAAAUGACCAUCACCGGCUUGAUCUUAGACGGCCUUGCUUCCAGCCGAUUGGUUGCCUUCUGUGCGAUUUCUGAAUUGGGUAAUCUUGAUUACUGUAAAACAAUAUUGAAAAAUGUCCAGAACACGAAUGCUUUUUCUUGGAACAUGGCCAUUAGAGGGUACUCCGAGAGUGAAAACCCCAGAGAAGCAUUUCUGUUGUAUAAAAGCAUGUUGAGAAGGAGUAAUUCGCGGCCGGAUAACUACACUUACCCUUUGUUGCUUAAGCUAUGUGCUCGAUUGUCGUUGUUUUGGAUGGGUCAUGAGAUUCUAGGCCAUGUUUUGCAAUUGGGUUUUGAUCUGGAUAUCUAUGUGCAUAAUGCGGUGAUUCAUAUGUUGGUGUCAUGUGGAGAGUUAGAGGCUGGACGUAAGGUGUUCGGUGAAAGUUCUGUGAGAGAUUUGGUUUCUUGGAAUUCUUUGAUUAAUGGGUAUGUUCGGGCAGGGUUACCGCUUGAAGCAUUGAGAAUUUAUCGGGAAAUGGAGGCAGAAGGAGUUCUACCAGAUGAGGUUACUAUGGUUGGCAUGGUCUCGUUGUGCAGCCAGUUGGGGGAUCUGGACCUCGGCAGAGAAAUUCAUUCGUGUAUUGAAGAGAAUGGGUUGAGUUUGACACUUCCACUUGCUAAUGCGCUAAUGGACAUGUAUGCAAAAUGUGGGGAUCUUGUAGCAGCGCAGUUUUUGUUUGACAAGAUGGAGACAAAAACCAUGGUGUCUUGGACUACCAUGAUUGUAGGAUAUGCCAAACUUAGGCAAUUCAAGGUUGCUCGAAGGCUUUUUGAUGAAAUGCCCGAAAAAGAUGUUGUGCCAUGGAAUGCCAUGAUAGGUGGUUAUGUUCAAGCCAAUCAAUGCAAGGAGGCUCUGGCUUUGUUUCAUCAGAUGCUAGGGAGUAACAUAAAGCCUGAUGAAGUGACAAUCGUUAGCCUAUUAUCUGCUUGCUCGCAACUUGGAGCACUUGAUGUUGGAAUAUGGGCUCAUCAUUACAUUGAGAAGCAUAACCUUUCUCUAAAUGUUGCCUUAGGAACUGCUCUAGUUGACAUGUAUGCUAAGUGUGGCAACAUCACCAAGGCACUUCAGGUAUUUCAUGAUAUUCCAGCUAGAAAUUCCUUGACAUGGACAGCAAUAAUUGGUGGCCUAGCGCUUCAUGGGAAUGCACAUGAUGCCAUAUCCCACUUUUUGGAGAUGAUCAAUGUUGGUUUGGUGCCAGAUGAUGUUACAUUUCUUGGGGUAUUAUCAGCAUGUUGUCAUGGAGGUUUGGUUGAACAGGGCCGAAACUUUUUUGCACAAAUGAGCUCCUGCUUUAACCUGUCUCCCAAGCUUAAGCACUACUCUUGCAUGGUGGACCUUCUUGGUAGGGCUGGUCUCUUGGAAGAGGCAGAAGAGCUUAUUAGGAGCAUGCCAAUGGAAGCAGAUGCUGUGGUGUGCGGGUCAUUGUUUUUUUCUUGUCGAAUCCAUGGAAACGUUGAUAUGGGAGAAAGGGCUGCUAGGAAACUACUUGAGUUGGAUCCUCAUGAUAGUGGAACUUACGUGUUACUUGCAAAUAUGUAUGUGGAAGCUAGAAUGUGGGAACAGGCUGGGAAAGUGAGGAAGAUGAUGAGGGAUAGAGGGUUAGAGAAAACUCCUGGUUGUAGUUUAAUUGAGGUGAAUGGUUGUGUUUCUGAGUUCAUUGUUAGAGAUAAGUCACAUCCUGAAUCAGAACAGAUCUUUGGAUGCUUAGAUCAGUUAACAAGGCAUAUAGAGCUUGUUGAGUUCGUACCUGAUAUUCUUCUUCUUGGAGAUGACCUUCUUUUUGGCUCUGAAUCUGGCAUUUGAAUUUGAAUAUUUGUUCAGGGAUUAUCCCCGCUCUUGUUCUGGUCUGUCCAAGAUGUUUGAUUUAAUUAUGGGGAGUUCUCGGAUAAACUUCUCUCUGUAACAUAAACCUCAUGACGUGGAUGCAGCAAUUGCAAGUCUACCAUUUUGUUGCCUGUGGACUUGGCAAUUCCAAGUCUGUCAUCGGUUGCCAAUAACUGCUUGAACAGUUCUCUCGACGGCCUUUCAGACAAUUCCAAGGAGGAUGAAUCUUUGCAAUGUCCAUAUGUUUUGACCGCUGCAGGAAACAUAUAUACAAAGCCUCAGGGAGGUAUGUUGGUGACCAUUUGCUCUAAACCUAUCCUCGGACAUUGCUUAAACUGAUUGCUGCAAUCCAGGAAAGCGGAAACUUGAUGGCUUAAAGGUUUCUUCUAAGCAAUAAAAAUGAUCCUAAUUGGAAAAUUUCCUUUCCAUUUUCUUUGGUUACUUACCUUCUUGGUGGGUACAGUGAUCUUGGAGUUAUCUGAGGAGACUCACCCAAACCAAGCAAAGCCUAAUCGGCACGGCAGCGAAAAUUGGAGAUGGAAUGGGCGGCUGACUUGCUAUUAUUAAAUUGGAAUUGGAGUGGGGCCCGUGGAGAAAAUUGGUGGGCUAUGGCGCCGCAGAAGAAGAAAAACACAGAGCAAGCAGAAGCAGAACAGACGAAAUGGAGGGCAGACGGAUACGGAAGAUAAUAAAUUUGUGAGAUCAUAAAUUUAUUAUGUCUGGUUAAGAUUUUUAGUCUAUUUAAGAAAAUUAAAAAAUAGAUAAUAAAUUUGUGAGAUCAUGUUUUUAAUCUUUGUUAUUAUUUUUAUUCAAAUAUAUGUGUUUCUUUAUAUU